GAACGAGAGAGAGAGAAAAGCAGACAUACAGACACAGAGGCACUUACACAGGGAGCGCACGCAACCCCACACUGACAAGACUCCAGCGAGCUAUCGCCGAGGAACGCGUUUUCAGAGAUGAGUAAGCAAAAUCCAGGCUACCCCGGGCAGUACCCCGAAAAAAGCGACUUUGCCGAUUCCCCUCCCGCUUACCAAGAUCCCGGGAUGGCUGGGUAUCAGACGAGCUACCCCGGGCCUCAGCAGUACGUCGCAUAUCCCCCCGGACAGGGACCCUACCCUCCAGCACAGCCCUACCCGUCCCCCCAGGGCCAGUACCCCAUGGGGCAGGGGCCGGCGGUCACUAUGCAGCCCGCAAUUUACGUGCAAAGGGCCCCUCUGGUUCACCCCAUGCCUGACUAUUUGGGGUACUCCAUUUUCACCAUGCUGUGCUGUUGUCUUCCAUUGGGGAUCGCCGCUCUUAUUUACUCAAUUUCGACUCGAGAUGCCAAUAACAUGGGAAAUGAAGAACUGGCCAAGAAGAAUUCCAGACUGGCCCGGAACCUGAACCACACCGGCUUGGGCAUCGGCAUUGCUAUCCUUAUCCUGUGGAUCGCUUACGUGGCAUUCGCCGCGUCACAUCACUGAAACUGCGGGAUAAUCGCUUUUGCAGAAAAAAUCCGUGCACUUGCCAAAUGAAUGGAUCAUUUCUGUCAUGAUCCUUCUUGUAAUUAUAAAUAUCGUUAUAAUGUAACUUGCAUCCAUGCCGCUUUGGUGUUACACAUAUGUAGGAACAUUUAAAACUGCACACAGCUAAUAAAAUACAGUAAAUAAUACAGUAGCUAAUAAGCAUCGCUUGCAUUUUCCAUUGUAAAGGACGCUACGGUAUUUGAUUUUUCUUUUUUAUUAUUGUUUGGUAUGUUUUAUUCUUUUAAUAAACCAAAUAUUCAGAUUG